UAUUCCUUGCUCGUAUAUUAUUUUUUCCAAAAAUCAAAAUGUUUACUGCUUGUCCGGAUGAGUUGCCCAAUCCGCACAAGAAUUGUCUGAAAGAGAUGCUCAACACGCUAAUCUGCAACGAUCAGGAUGUGAAGCGUUUGAACACAGAACUCAGAAACAUUCAGCUGGAGCUCAAGGAGGAGCUACGAAAAAUUGAGAAGGCCCACGAGGAGUGCGCCGACGUAAAGGCUAAACACUUGCGAAAGAAUCAAUUAUGUGAUGUGGACGAGGAUCUAACCGAGUAUACAAAGCGCAUUAUCGAUCUGGACGAGGUGAAGCACAUCUAUACAAAACGCUGCGAGGAGAUACGCAUGCGACGGGACAGCAUUAUCCUGUAUGGCAGGCAGUGCCUGCAGGCCUACGGCGAGGAGAAGUGCAAGUUUCGAUCCUUUCACGAGAACACCGUGGAUUACAUUAAGCGCACGGCAACGCUGUCACAGGAUCAGCAGGUUAUUCAUCGCUGCGAGCGUGAUAUUUGCGAGAUGCACAAGAGAUUCGUCAAAGAGGUGGCCAAUCUAAAGCAGUGCGAAUCCCAAUUGCAGCCCUUCUUCAAACUGCUGCAGGAUUCCGAUCCGAAUGUGUACUGUGAGUGCUGUUGCUUCAAGGACUACGAAUGGGUGCCGCAGGGCAAAAGUAUGGAAGCAGUCGAAGCCGUUGCCAAAGAGAUGAAGGAGAAGAUGGGCAAGACUCUGGUGGCCGCAUUCGCCCAGCUCCAUCUUCAUAUGCCGCAGGACAUGUACGGAUUCAUCGCGGGCUAUCUCAUGAAUGUCGAGCACAAUGAGCAGGAGGUUAAAAAGAAGCUAAAUCUGUUCGAGGAUCCCGAAGACGUCCACUCAAAGGAGCUGCCGGAUCCAACAUAUCACUGUGACACCGAUUGUCCUAAAGCACAGUAAUUGCUUCUAUAAAAAAAUUAAUUUGUUUACAUAUUCAAGAAUAUAUUAAAAUUA